AUGGACAAAAGCCAAUAUGUGUACUCUGCCUUGAAUGGGGAUAACAAUAUCCGGUUACUUCGCCUACUGCCAAGUCCAGACCCAUCAACUCGACUCCAGGGUCAGCUAUUCGAGUAUCCUUUGGCCCAAGGCAUGCAGACAAUGCACCUUUACGAGGCCUUGUCCUACACUUGGGGUACCUCUCAAAACAAAAAGUCAAUCAUAAUCGAUGAUCAAGAACUCCCCAUUACCGCCAACUGCCAUAGUGCCCUUGUACAGCUACGAGAUAGCUUUUUUGAACGGGUCUUAUGGGUAGAUGCGAUCUGUAUCGACCAGAGCAACAUAACCGAGCGAGGAAAACAAGUCAGAAUCAUGGCAGAGGUUUAUUGUAAAGCCCGACAAGUCAUAGUUUGGCUUGGAGAAGCAACACCUGAUAGUAAAGUGGCCAUGCAGAAGAUCAGCAAGGUUGCUGAGGGACAUUAUAUCCCGGCCGAAGAAGACAAAAUUAUCCCUGAAUCGAUUGCUGCAUUGCUCAAAAGACCAUGGUUUCGAAGAGUUUGGGUACUUCAGGAAGUGGCCGCCGCGCAACAUGUCCUUCUAGUCUGUGGCGCGUCCCAGAUUGACGGCUAUGCUUUCUGUCUUGGACUUGCGCCGUACAUGGAUGCCUGUGAGGGGUUCGAAUUUGUUUCCUCCGUCGAAUACCUGAUCAGAGGAUCCAUCUUUCGUCCCAAGUAUAAUAAGACAGAUUCAGGUCUAAUUACUUUAGGCAUACGGUCUCUUGGCGAACUUAUGGACAUGUAUCAUGCCCAUGAGGCUAGUGAGCCACUCGACAAGGUUUUUGCCCUGCUUGGAAUGAGCACUGACGGAUUAUCGGCAUCAGAGCUCAGGCCGAACUAUAACAUCUCUUGGGACGUCCUCUUCUUCAAACUCAUCGCGUUCCUUCUCGGGUCCAAAGUCUCAGUGAAGAUAUCCAACGGUAAUCGGGCAGCUGUGAUUAGCGGCCUGGGGACUAUUGUUGGCAAAGUUACUUCAGUGGGACCGAGGAGCAAUCGCAACCGGGACUUUCAAGUGACUAUGGAAUAUACGAAACCUUACCAAACUCUCUCGCCUCGGAUCGCCCGAGAUUUUCAUGCCGGCGUCAAAAGAGCAAGGGAAGGCGAUAUUCUAUGCUUACUAGAGGGUGCUUCAAAUCCUAUGCUAAUCAGGCAGGAGGGAAAUUCUUUUCAGUAA